AUGGAGCAUCUCAACGAGCUCACCAACAACCUGUGGGGUGACAGGGUGUGUGUGAGUGAGCGUGUGUGUGUGUGUGUGUGUGUGCGCGUAGAGGGGCGCGCGCGUGAGCAGGGGGUGGGGAGGCGAGGCAGAGCCUGGUGCGUCUCCCCGGGCGAGUGGAGGAAUCCUAGGGUGUGCCUGGAGGUGGCGGAGUGUGCCAACGCGGGCGUGAGCGCGUGUGCCGGCGAGGGUGGGCACGGGGGUGAGCGUGGCAAGCCCCCAAAUGAGAGCCACAGACCUGGUUCUGAAUAUGACUUGGUGACAGAUAUCAACUCAAUGUCCAAUAUGCAUCACCAAGAAGGUUUCAAAGAAGUUGGAAAUACCAUUGUUUGCCUGAUGGGCAGUUCUAACACAUUGGGACAUGCAGACAUGAAACUGAAACGAUCUGUGAAGCAGACCUGAACUUACUCCUAAACACUUGAAGAAGUGGUAUCCACACCACCCUGUAGCUCUGUGAACAAGAAACAUAAAUUGUUGUUGUUGAUGGCCACUAUUAUUUUGGGAUGGCUUCUUAUGUGUAGCAUCAUUGCAGUAAUUUCUGACUACUACAUAAACUUACUACACACAGGCACUCCAUAAAUAUUUGUUGAAUAAAUCAAAGUCAAAAGGUAGAGAGUGUAAAGAGUAUAUCAUGAGGACUUUGGAAGUUCUAACUUAAGAAAGGAGAGGGUGGGCUAAGGCACAGAAGGAAAGAAGAGCCCAAAGAUUCGUUAGACUACAUCCCUGGAAAGAGCUCUGUGACCUCGGAAAGAUCUUCUAGUUUGUUCCCAACAACCAUAUUAGCAUUUAAGGUGUCCUAUCCAAAAAUUUCUAGACAUUUUUCUAGAGAAGACUUUUAGAAAGUGGAAGAUUGGCUGAAGUUGAGCCAGCUAUUAAGAUUUAGGUACAGAAUCUUGAAAUCA